CUCGCCAUCUGCAUGUGCCUCCUCCUCCCCCUUCGCUUAGCCCACACUCUCUCUCUCUGUCUCCCCCUCACUCUCUCUCUCUCUCUCUAGAAUUCAGUUGCAGAGAAUCCAGGAGCAGCCAUCUCGAUCUCCUGCUCUGCUACCCCGAAGAAGACGAAGGGCGCAGAAGAAGCAUUGAAGUGUGUGUGUCUCUCUCUCUCUCUCUAGAGCCUCGCCCAAUCAAAUCGGUCCGCCAAUGAAGGCCCAAGUCGUUAGCCCCGUCAUCGCCUUCGAGCACAAGAGGGAUGCAUAUGGCUUUGCUGUGAGACCUCAACAUGUGCAGAGAUAUCGAGAAUAUGCAAACAUCUACAAGGAGGAAGAGGAAGAAAGAUCAGAGAGAUGGAAUAAUUUCCUUGAACACCAAGCAGAAACUGCUCAACUGCCUGUUAAUGCUUUAGCUUCAGAAAUAGAUGGCACUAUCUUGGAGCACAACCGAGACGCAAAUGACCAUUUGAAGGAUGGUGUUGAAGGAGGUGAACCUACUGUUGACAAGCCUGGUUCUGAAGGUUUCACCAGCAAUGUUUUAGAAAAAGAACUUCCAGCUUCGAAGGAGUCAAGAGUGCACAGGGUCCAAAUAUGGACCGAGAUAAGACCUUCUCUUUGUGCUAUCGAAGAUAUGAUGAGCCUCCGUGUAAAGAAAAAGGGCAGUACAAAGAAGAACGAGCAAUCAACUGAAAGCGCGAAGCUCAUUCUUCCGUUUGAAGAGGCACGAUCCCCAAAAGGAGCAUCUGAAGAGGACUCAGAGGAUGAGUUUUAUGAUGUUGAGAAAUCAGAGUCGUCGGAUCACAUUCAGGACACAGUAUCCAGCGAUAGUUCCAAUGUCACUGCUCCAGAAGCUACGGUGGAUGCUCCUUUAGAAUCUUCAUUUCCUUGGAAAGAAGAAUUGGAGGUUCUUGUUCGAGGGGGAGUGCCAAUGGCACUACGGGGAGAGCUUUGGCAAGCCUUUGUCGGUGUGAAAACACGCCGGGUGCAAAACUAUUAUCAGGAUCUGUUAAAGCCACCAAGUAAUGCUGAAAUUACUGAUGAAGAGCAAAUGGUUCAAUCAGAUAAAGACAGUAAGGCCUCCAACGCAGACUCUGUAAACAUACCUGAAAAAUGGAAAGGGCAGAUUGAAAAGGAUUUGCCUCGAACCUUUCCUGGUCAUCCUGCCCUUGAUGAGAAUGGUAGAAAUGCUUUAAGACGGUUGUUGACUGCAUAUGCACGUCAUAAUCCAUCUGUAGGAUAUUGUCAGGCUAUGAACUUCUUUGCUGGCUUACUACUUUUGCUGAUGCCGGAAGAAAAUGCCUUCUGGACUUUGAUGGGCAUCAUUGAUGAUUACUUUGAUGGCUACUACUCUGAAGAGAUGAUAGAAUCUCAGGUUGAUCAACUUGUUUUCGAGGAGUUGGUGCGAGAGAGAUUUCCCAAAUUGGGUUCGUUGUUUCUUAAACCUGCAGUUUCAGGUCCUCUCUUUAGUUUCCUUAUAAAUUGCUUGCUUGAUACUUUUCUUUCACUAUUCUACAAUGCAGUCAAUCAUCUGGAUUUCCUGGGGGUGCAGAUUGCAUGGGUUACAGGGCCAUGGUUCUUAUCCAUUUUCAUGAACAUGCUACCCUGGGAAAGUGUUCUUCGAGUUUGGGACGUUCUGCUUUUUGAAGGGAACCGUGUCAUGCUAUUCAGAACUGCGCUUGCUUUGAUGGAGCUAUACGGACCUGCAUUAGUUACUACCAAGGAUGCCGGAGAUGCUGUCACUUUGCUUCAAUCACUGACUGGAUCAACAUUUGAUAGCAGCCAACUUGUUUUGACGGCCUGUAUGGGCUACCAAAAUGUAAAUGAAAAGAGGUUACAAGAGUUGAGAAAUAAGCAUCGGGCAGCAGUAAGAGCUACAGUUGAGGAAAGAUCUAAGGGCCUUCGAGCUUGGAGGGAUUCUCAAGGUCUGGCCUCAAAACUAUACGGUUUUAAGCACGACCCUAAGUCAAUGCUAGCAGGAACAAAUAAAGUAGAAGGAUCAGUUGGUAAAACGGCAAAUGGUGAUUUAUCUUGGUCAAAUUCUGACUCUGUUAAUGCAGAUGGAAUUGUCAUCAGUUUAACAGGGGACUUAGAGAUAGAUUCAGGUCCAGAUCUUCAGGAGCAGGUCGUCUGGUUGAAGGUCGAGCUCUGCAAGUUGCUGGAAGAGAAAAGAUCUGCUGUUCUUAGAGCUGAGGAGCUAGAGACAGCAUUAAUGGAGAUGGUCAAGCAGGAUAAUCGGCGAGAAUUGAGUGCUAAGGUUGAGAAGCUAGAGCAAGAGGUUGCUGAUCUUCAACGAGCUGUUUCUGAUAAGCAGGAACAAGAAAGUGUCAUGCUUCAGGUCCUAAUGAGGGUAGAGCAAGAACAGCGAGUAACAGAAGACGCUCGUAGAUUUGCUGAGCAAGAUGCAGCUGCACAGAAAUAUGCUUCUCAAGUGCUUCAGGAAAAGUAUGAGGAAGCAAUGGCUUCUCUUGCUGAGAUGGAGAAGAGAGCUGUAAUGGCAGAAUCAAUGUUGGAGGCUACCUUGCAAUAUCAGUCUGGCCAAGUCAAAACGCAACCUUCCCCAAGAUCCUUGCAUUCAGAAUCUUCGCCAAGAUUUAGCAGUAAUCAAGAGUCAACACAAGAGCUGCCCACCAGGAAGAUAAGCCUUCUCAGUCGACCUUUUGGACUUGGCUGGCGGGACCGCAAUAAGCAGGGAAAACCAGCCAACGCUGACGAGCCCAAUGAUGUUAAGCCUACGGAUGAGAUCCAAAGUCCUAGCUCCCUGCUAAAGGAAACAAAUGGCAUCGAAUCACAAGGCACAGAGCAAACAAUAUCAGGUUGAUCAGGACCAACGCCGUCUAAAGAUAGGUCACUGGUCCCUCAAGUUCCUAGCCGGCAUUAAUAUUUUUUAAUCUUGGGCAAAUGAAGGCAGCAAUUCAGGUGAAGUUUGAAUUUUGUGGUGCAUGCACAUAUGUAAUUCUUUUCCGCCAUCCCUGUAUGAACUCUGCAUUUAUUGUUUUGUUUGUUCGUUUUAAAAUAACAAUAAAAUUUAGCAAUAUAGCAUUAGCAAAAAUCGGAGAAAGGAUGUAAAAAGAACGAGAGGUAUAAUUUUUUUAGAGCUAUAUACUGUAUGCAUUUACCUGGGUAAACAGUGCAGCUGUGUAGAUUUGGGUUGUUCCUGUA